ACCAAUGGCUUGGCUGAAAACGCUAAUAAAUCCAUAAAAAGAGCACUGCGGAAGAUGGUUGAUAACAAUGGGAGUAAUUGGGAUAAAUUACUUGAACCCAUUUUGUUUUCUUUGCAAACUAAAAUACAUGCAACAACAAAAAUUUCACCGUUCCGACUAAUGUUUUGUGAUGACGCAGUGUUUCCAGAAGAUGUCUUAGAUAAUUACACGAUCCCAGAUCUGAAUAUGUUGGGGGAAGAUUUCUGCAAAGAGUACAGCAUGAAUAUGAAAUCGAGACAUGACGCUGACAUUGCGCUGGCCCUAAGUAACAUUGCUAAAGCACAAGAAAAACAACAAAGACAUUAUGCUAAAAGAAAGACUUCUAAAUAUGGGGAAAUAUCAUUUGAAGUUGGGGACUCUGUUCUGUUACUGAAUGCUAGACAGAGAACAAGAAAAGGAGGAGUAUUGGAAUCUAAAUAUCGGGGACCAUACAAAAUUAUGAGUGUUGAAGGUAAGAGAGUGAAAUUACAAAACAUCUCAGGGAAACAGUUAGGAACCAUGUACAGUAUUGCACACUUAAAACAAGUAAAAAAGCCAACAACAUUAGCUGCUGAAAGCACAUCAGAGGGAAAAACUGGAACUGAAAUUGGAGUUGGUGACACUGAACCAGAAACACACACGGAAGAGAUUAGAGAAGUGGAUGGCACUGUAUCUCUUGACAGCAAAGUGGAAAACAUAGAGGUCACAGCAAUAGAAAGAGAGGAAUAUAUAGGGCAAGAUGUGUCAAACAAUGAUACAAGUGAUGCUGAUGACAGUUUUGAUGACAUGCUUACAGAGGAAGUGGAAGACAAGCAAUGGCUUCUGAAAGUAAAAUUGUUAAUGACCAGCAAACACACAGAGAGACUGGAGGCCAAAGUGAGAAACAUAAAAUUGUAUGGCUCUUCAUUUCAUUGCCUGAAACCGAGAAGCAGGAUAAGUGAUGAGGUUAUUGAUGCAUUUUUGAGCUGUGUAGUUGAGAAAGCAGAUGGAAAGGUACAAGCCAUCUCAUCAGUAGUUUCCACUGCCAUUCUCUCAGGCAGAGCUACACAAAUGAAAGUGAAGAGUGAAUUACUUCAAAAUGAUAUAUUACUGCUUCCUUACCACACACCAGGUCAUUGGGUUCUUGCGAAACUUCAUCAAACGAUUAACUAGUAAAUCCUCAUCUGAUUGGAACAGUAAAAUUGUGCAGCAUCCCAGACAAAGUGAUGGCCACAACUGUGGACCACUCAUCUUAAAGUUUGCAGAAAUAUAUUUGCAGCACAAAGACAUCAGUACGGUGGAAACAACACAGAAGGCUAAUACUGCGUUUAGAAGACAUAUAGCA